ACUCUCCCAAUCGCUGCAUCGUCGUUUCACUGCGAUGCGCAUCUCCAUCCCCUCGAUACCCAACACUUCUUCUCGUCCCAGCAUAGAGCGUACGAUAAAUGAGGCGACGGAGAUGGUUGCCUCCUUCUUGGAGCGCGGCGGGAGGAACAAUUUGAUCAUGACCGGGGCUGGCAUUUCCGUGGAUAGUGGCAUUGCCCCUUAUAGGGGGAAGGGUGGGCAUUACACUGUGCACAAGACGUACCGCCCCAUCUUCUAUCCUGAGUUUGUGGACCCGACAUCAAGAGGCGACCAAUUCAGGCGACGCUACUGGGCCCGCUCCUUCCUAGGAUUCAAGCCGGUUCAAAGAGCCCAUCCUAAUCCUGGACACUACUCAAUAGCAGCUUUGCAGCGCCUCGGCCACGUCCCGUCCUACAUCACGCAGAACGUCGACAACCUGCACCAUGCAGCAACCCCAUCCGCCUCACUAGCCGCAGAGAGCAUUCUCGAGCUGCAUGGCACUCUGCAGAGCGUCAUCUGCGUACAAGCCGACCCUUCAUACGUUCAUGGCUCCCCUCCACGCGACAAGGACAUGUAUGAUCGGCUCUGUCCCCCUUCAACCUCUUCCGGAGCGCGUCCGCGCCCCUUCAACACGCCUACUGGUGAAGCCUACCCAAAUGGCUGUGGCUUUCGUGGUUCGCGAUCUGCCUAUCAAGAAGUGAUGGAGGAGCGCAAUCCAAAGUGGCACGCACACGCACAGCAUCUUCGCGAGACCAGAACAGAGCCGAAAACCAAUCCUGACGGCGAUGUUGCGUUACCCGAAGGCACCGACUAUCAGUCCUUCAACGCCGUACCAUGUCCAAAUUGCGGCGGAAAGGGCGUACUGAAACCGAACGUCAUCAUGUUCGGCGAGUCGGUUCCAGCCCCUAUGCGAGCAAGAUCAUUCGAGGUCGUGGAUUCCGCGUCAUCGAUGUUGCUAGUUGGCACUAGCCUCGCGACCUAUUCCGCCUAUCGCCUCGUCAAGCAGGCAGUGGAGCAAAAUAAGCCCUGUCUCAUCCUGAAUGUGGGGCCGACAAGAGCAGACGAAAUCGUAGCAGACAAGAUCGAGCUAGGUAGCUCUGAGGUAUUGCGAGCUGUAGCAAAGAAGUUGGCGAAGGGGAGGGAAGAAAAGGACGUGGUGCUUCGCCGCUUGCUAGAGGAGGGAACGGUCAUCACUCGCGAGGAGAGGAUGAAAGGCGUGGUAUCUAGCUGAGAGCAGCAUCUCUUCAAGUCUUUCUGAGCAUACACUGUACUUCUAGACCAUUAGCAUCGCAUCUUCAAUCAAUGAGCAUGGCGACCAUG